AUGGCAGUUGCACAGUUAGUCUCUCUCUUUGAGGCUCUGAACGAAGAAUCAUCAAUUAAACCAAUCUCCAGCAGCUUUCGAAACCACACUUCGUCGAAAGUCCGUCUACAUCUCCACACCAUCUUCAGCCACAAUCCUCUACACCGAUCGUCAGCAAAGAACCCGUCAAGCACCGUGACGUCGUCCUCGUCUUCGUCCACGUCUUCGUCCACGCCCUCUUCAUCCGUCAGAUCCUCGCCCAGCUCCUAUUUUAGCAGCUUUGCAGGCCGACAACGAGCACCUGCCACCGACGAUGGUUCUGUUACCCUAACCCCCGUUUCACCUCUGUCUAGCCACAAUAUCCGUCGCCAACCGUCAGCAAUCGACCUAGCCCUCGAAGCGGAACGAUACGCCGACGAAGUUGAAAUCAUAGGACUGGGGCUAUUGGAGCCCAGACCCAGAGCGAACACCACCGCCUCAACAACGUCCUCCACCCAGUGCUCGAUGAUGGAGUUUAUGAAUGAGACCAUGCAAACGCCGGUGGUGCUGGACGGCAUAUUCGAGGUCAUGGAACGUGCAUGA